CGGUUGUCGUUACUUAUAUAUAAGCAGCUGUAGCUAACACUAGUCACUACCCGGAGAAGUUGAAUUUGUAUUGAAUUAAAAUCUGAACACAAUUUAUCAGUUACCAGCAUGUGUAUCUUCACUUACCUGAUGGUUUCCAUGGCAACGAUGUACGUCCGAGGCUACGUGGUCAACGACUGGGACCAGCCGUUUGACUUCAAGUGUCCCCUGGGUCAGGCCAUCAGCUACAUCUCCAGCGAGCACGACGACUACUAUGAAGACCGGAAGUGGGAGUUCCAAUGCCGCUCUGUGGGUGAGACAAGAGAUUGUGAACAGAGUGGUUAUGUAAACGAGUUCGAUGAACUACUCACCUACGUGUGUCCACAUAACAAGGUCAUCACAGGUGUCGCUAGCUCUCAUAACGACCAUUACGAAGACCGCAGGUUCCGAUUCCAGUGCUGUAGAGUCACCGGCAGAAUCCUGACCGGAUGUUACAUCACAGGUGACGUCAAUGUCUGGGACGGGCGACUAACACUUAACGUCCCAGAGGGUAAGGUGGUGAACGGCGCUUACAGCAUCCAUAAGGAUUACUAUGAGGACAGGAAAUGGAGAUUUAACAUUUGCAGCAUUUGAGCCUUCCUUGAAAUCUUUGUAUUGUUUUUUUUAUUUAUUGCCUCAUAAUGUUUGUAUUUUCUUUUGUAACAUCUUGAAUAAUGAAAAAUAAAAAUUCUAUUUUUGUU